ACAAACACUUGUGUUAUUGUCCAAGAAGAGCUCUCAGCCCUUUGAACAUUUCUACAUUUGCUUUUUUUCCCAAAUCAAAACAUCUAUUCCCACACACACACAUCUCUCUCUCUCUCUCUCUCUCUCUUUAUCUUUGCUUUUUCCAAAGUUUGCUUCCUUUUUUUCAUUUGUUUCUGAAGCUUCAUUGUUCGCCACUUAUCCAAAAUGGCGAAUUCGGCAUCAGGGAUAGCAGUGAGUGAUGAGUGCAAGCUGAAAUUCAUGGAGUUGAAAGCAAAAAGGAACCAUAGAUACAUAGUGUUCAAGAUUGAUGGUCAGCAAGUUGUUGUUGAGAAGGUUGGUGGACAGUCAGAGACUCAUGAUGAUUUUGCUAACAGCUUGCCUCCCAAUGAAUGCCGCUAUGCUGUUUUUGACUAUGAUUUCACUACUAAUGAAAAUGUCCAGAAGAGCAAGAUCUUCUUCGUUUCUUGGUCACCAGAAACAGCAAGGGUAAGAAGUAAGAUGCUGUAUGCAAGCUCCAAAGACAGAUUCAGGAGGGAAUUCGAUGGUGUCCAGGUUGAGUUGCAGGCUACUGAUCCAAGUGAAAUGAGCUUGGAUACCUUCAUUUGCAGAGCUCUCUGAAUUCUGUCUACACUGUUAGGGCCUUUUAUCAACUCACUAGUAAAAAAAAAAUAUGUUAUAGGCUCUUUUUCUCAAUGGGGUUUGAGGAAUUUUUGUUCAUUUACGCUUUCUUGUCUAAGACGUUCAGUUUAUAUGUCGUUUAAGAUUUUUUCGUUUGUACACUAUAGAUAUGAUCAUGUGUGACAAUGUGAUGGAAUCCUAAUUUCUAAUUAAAUUCACUUCAAUUCUUCUUCA